AGCAUUUAUUGAGCAGUUACUAUAUAUAUGCUGUUGGCUGGAGACCUUCAUGCGUGCAAGGCAUUGUCCAAGCUCCUGAGUACACGAAGAACCGUGCGUUUUGAGCGUGUUAAGGGCGGUCUGAGGAGGCGGAGCCUCGCUGUAAAUAUAAGGCCCGGUUCACUCCUGUCUUGCUGCUGAGCUUGCACCUCACCUCAUCACCCACAAUGCCGCCUUACACCAUCGUCUAUUUCCCCUCCCGAGGGCGCUGCGAGGUUAUGCGCAUGCUGCUAGCCGACCAGGGUCAGAUCUGGACGGAGGAAGUGGUGACUACGGACGCCUGGGGGCAGGGGACACUCAAGGCUUCAUGUCUGUUUGGCCAGCUCCCCAAGUUCCAGGAUGGAGACCUCACCCUGUACCAAUCGAAUGCCAUCCUGCGGCACCUGGGCCGCACCUUCGGGCUCUACGGCAAAGACCAGCAAGAGGCAGCUCUGGUGGACAUGGUCAAUGACGGACUGGAAGACCUCAUCAGGCAUAUUGGCCAGGUUCUCCGUAAAUAUGAGGAGGGCAAAGCCCAGUAUCUGAAGGAACUUCCGGGACACCUGAAACCAUUUGAAACUCUGCUGGCCCAGAACAACGGUGGCCAGUCCUUCAUUGUGGGUGACCAGAUUUCCUUUGCUGACUACCGACUGCUAGACUUGCUGUUGAACCAUGAACUCCUGUUCCCUGGCUACUUGGAUGACUUCCCCCUGCUCUCGGCCUAUGUGGCACGCCUCAGAGCCCGACCCAAACUCAAAGCCUUCCUGGACUCCCCUGAGCAUGUGAACCGCCCCAUUUCUGCUCGCCUAAAGAUAUGAGCCCACCUGUCUCCCCCAACCCCUACCCAUGGACCAAUAAAAACAAUGGCAGAAACCAGUA